AUGUAUAUUGUCGAGAAACUGCUCAAGAAGCGACAGUUCAAUCGCAAAUUGGAGUACUUGGUCAAGUGGCAUGGACAGCCCGAAAGCGAAGCCACGUGGGAACUGAUGAAGGACAUCAAGCAUGUUGUGCACUUCAAGCAACUCGUCCAAGACUUGGAGUCAAGGCGUUUCAAGGUGUAG